CCGCGUCGAACGAAACUCACUGUCAACACUUUUUGGCAGUGCGUUUGUUCCUACAAUCGUAUCCAAGGCUGCAAUCUAUAUUACAUAUUCGUUACAGAACCUCAGUAUUCGAUCAGAGCAAUACUCCAGCCUCCCUGGAUCCCUGAAUUCAACCAUUUUCUACGUUGUUGUCUUGGCUUUUGGUUCGAAGAAUUGCAUCGUAGAAUUUCUACGUGCUGUCUACGUAAAGUCAUAUAUCGCAUCACAGUCAACUCCGCUCUGGCAGCGUUGACCAGGAGUGGGAAAAGACCGACCUCAUUCCAUGGCUACCGCACAAGUUUGGAUGGUCAACGACACCAAUUGCACCAUGAAUCCUUCCUCUUUGCCUAUAGCGGACGAGUUAGCUCCUCACAAAGACAGCGACGCCACAGCUCACAAUAUUGCUCACGACUUUGCCCAAACCCUAACCACGCCGGCUAGUACUGGGCGCCCAAAGACUGCGCCGAUAUGUAUGGAUGAAAACCUCCGUAGUCAAGCCAUGACUACGGAGGAGCUUGCUGCUUUUGCUUUUACAGCACCUAUGAAAAGCAACGUUUCUCUAUUUCCCGUGGUCCCUGUGUCAUCAAACUCCUCCGAAUGCACCCGUGAAAGUGACCUGGAUGUACUUUCCGAUCACGAGCAUUUUUCGAAAGGAGUUUCGGAUCAAAGUGUCGCGUCCACACCGGUGCGGAUGGACCGGGCCUUGACCGAUGAGCUCAACGCCAAAGUUUCAUUGCGAAAAACCUCCCGCCAAGGCCGCUCUACGCAGCGUUGGGCUGAAGAAGAGGACACGGCAUCGGGCGCCAUUCGACUCGUCACUGGCUGUGUUCCGAUUCUCAAAGACGGCAAAAUAUUAUUCGCGUCGGCUUCACGCAAGUCCGAGUGGAUUCUUCCCAAGGGUGGAUGGGAAGAGGACGAAACCAUGCCGGAAUCGGCAGUUCGGGAGUGUUUCGAAGAAGCGGGGGUACUCGGUGUUUUGGGGCCACCUUUGCGAACGAUCCAGUACGAAACCCGUAAAGCAAAAAAACGGCGAUUGGAACUUGAGAACUCCAAUCUUGCCCCAUUACGAUCCACCAAAGCCAAGAUGACUGAUACUUGUGGUAGUGUUUUGUCUGACAUCGAAGGAGCUAUCACUGACGGAACGGCAUUGCCACCCGCACCAGUCGUGACCGCACCUACAUUAAUGCUGUCCGAAGAAGCCAUGUCCAGAAUACUCGGGCAUCCCUCCAAGCCCGGUAGGCCAACGACAAAAGCUGCGCCUGUACACCCCAGUGACGACACAGUGUCAAUUGCAUCUACCACGCUGUCGGCAACGUAUUCGCAGGUGCGCAUGACACUGUUUCCGCUUUACGUGACUAGUGUGAUGGAUGUUUGGCCCGAGUCGGGGCGCUUCCGGAAAGCGGUCUCGAUUGACCAGGCUUUGCAAUUGCUCGAAACUCGACCGGAACUACAAGCGGCCGUGCGCGAAGUACAAGAGCGGAGUUUACAUGAGGUGUCCAACCUAUCGUCCCUUCCGCCAGCAUCGUUCCGAUGACAAUGGCAGCAAGUAGCCGAACCUCGAAAGGAAUCAAUUCCGCUGCACAAUGAAAAUAGAUUUACACGAACAAGGUAC